AUGGAGGUGGAGGAGGAGGAAAGACGCUCUCCACACGAUCAUGUGGAUCGGUGUGUUCCCGAGAGCUUCUUUGAUCGCGUAACGCAAGGGUUACGCGACGAUCUCGAACAUGAGCGGAAUAGGCGUCUCCAAAUGGCGGACACUGCCUCGAAGCAUCGAGCUGAGUUUGCCUUUGCUCAGCUCGAGAACGAGAGAUCUCUGACAUCUCUUCGUGACGAGCUAAGGGUAGCUCGUGGGAUUGUUGAUCGGUCUCGGGAUGAGAUAGCUGCUCUUCAGACCCUUGUUGAUGCCCACCAUCGGGAGCACAAGGCUCUCUGCGAGAUGCUUGAGCGCAAGGGCGUUCUUCAUCGGAAGAAGCAGCGUACUGAUGGUACGGCUUAA